GCCCGCCCGCGUCACUCCGCGGGCGGAGGACGCACGUCGGGGCGCGGCUCCCUGGCUUGCGCGCUGCUCCGGCUCUGUCACUCGCGCCCUGCGGAAGACCCUGCGCGCCCCAGCGACUGCCUGGCGGCGGCAGCAACAACCAUGCACGGAACCACCCGCGCUCCGGCCGCCAGCGUCAGUGCCGACUGCUGCAUCCCAGCCGGCUUGCGCCUCGGGCCGGUGCCCGGCACCUUUAAACUGGGCAAGUACCUGUCAGACCGCAGGGAGCCUGGGCCCAAGAAAAAGGUGCGCAUGGUGAGAGGGGAGCUGGUGGACGAGUCGGGGGGCUCCCCUCUGGAGUGGAUAGGGUUAAUCCGAGCAGCCAGGAACCCCCAGGAACAGACUCUGGAAGCCGUUGCAGACUUACCUGGAGGACAGAUCUUCUACCGAGCGUUGCGGGACGUCCAGCCUGGGGAAGAACUGACUGUGUGGUAUUCCAACUCCUUGGCUCAGUGGUUCGACAUCCCCACUACCGCGACCCCAACGCACGACGAGAAAGGGGAGGAGCGCUACAUUUGCUGGUACUGCUGGAGGACUUUUAGAUACCCUAACAGCCUCAAGGCACACCUGCGUUUCCACUGCGUGCUCAGCGGCGGCGGGGGCCGCGCCUUCCUGCAUCACGAGCACGCGGCUCGCCCAGGAGCUGCCCCGGGGGCCGAUGGCCUUGGCCUCUCGCUCAAACCCUCGGUGCCCGACUUCGCCGCGCCCGCAACCGCGCCCGCAGGCUCUUUGAGGCCCCACCCGCAGGCCCCACAGCCCUCUCAGGGCUGCGGAGCGCGGGAGAGCAUCAAGCGUGAGGCCUCCUCUGCGCCCUCGGCCACCUCCCCACCCCCGGGCAAGUGGGGACUGCCCAAGAAGGGCAAGGAGCAGCCGGACCGUGCCCUGGACAUGAGCGGGGCCGCUCGAGGACACGGCCACUUUCUGGGCAUCGUGGGCGGCUCCCCAGCGGGGGGCGGGGGGCUGGCCUUCUACCCCGGCGCGCGCUCGGCUUUCAAGCCCGCCGGCUUAGCCAGGGCUGCCACAGCCACGCACGGCGACCUCUACAGAGAGGAGGGCGGCGGCAAGCAGGGAGCCGGCCUAGCCUUGGGCAGGUUGCUGGGUGGGGGACGGACAGGCGGGCGCCCCGGGAGCGGGGAGAACCCGGCGGCGGGCGGCGCGGGCCACCACCAUCACCACCACGCGCAUCACCACCACCACCACCCCAAGUGCCUUCUCGCCGGGGACCCGCCGCCGCCGCCGCCCCCACCGCCGCCGCCGCCUGGCCUGCCCUGCUCCGGGGCCCUGCGCGGAUUCCCUUUGCUCCCGGGCCCUCCAGAAGAGGCAUCGGCCUUCAAGCACGUGGAGCGCGCCCCGCCCGCCACCGCUACUGCGCUAGCCGGAGCGCGGUACGCGCAGCUACCCCCAACGCCAGGGCUGCCCCUAGAGCGGUGCUCUCUACCGCCGCUCGAAGCUGGGGGGCUCAAGGCCUAUCCUGGUGGCGAGUUCGGCCAUCUGCCUGCGGUCAUGCCGGCCUUUACUGUCUACAACGGGGAGCUGCUCUAUAGCUCGCCGGCUGCCGCCGCUUAUUACCCGCUCAAACUGCACUUUGGCGGGCUGCUCAAAUACCCUGAGUCCAUCUCCUACUUCAGUGGGCCCGCAGCUGCGGCUGCAGCGGCCGCCCUAAGCCCUGCAGAGAUAGGCUCCCUGGCCAGCAUCGACCGUGAGAUCGCCAUGCACACGCAGCAGCUGUCGGAGAUGGCGGCUGGGAAGGGCCGCGGCCGCCUGGACUCGGGGACGCUGCCACCGGCCGUCGCGGCGGCAGGUGGCGCUGGGAGCGGCGGCGGCGGCUGCAGCGCCGGCAAACCCAAGACGGGCCACCUGUGCCUCUACUGCGGCAAGCUGUAUUCGCGCAAGUACGGGCUCAAGAUCCACAUGCGGACACACACGGGCUACAAGCCACUCAAGUGCAAAGUGUGCCUGCGGCCCUUUGGAGACCCCAGCAAUCUCAACAAGCACAUCCGGCUGCACGCCGAGGGCAACACGCCCUACCGCUGCGAGUACUGCGGCAAGGUGCUAGUGCGCCGGCGGGACCUGGAGCGCCACGUGAAGUCGCGCCAUCCAGGCCAGAGCCUGCUUGCCAAAGCGGGCGACGGCCCGGGCGCCGAGCCCGGCUACCCCCCGGAGCCUGGGGAUCCCAAGAGCGACGACAGUGACGUAGACGUCUGUUUCACGGACGACCAGAGCGACCCCGAGGCCGGGGGCGGCUGCGAGCGCGACUCCUAACGGCGCUACCCGGGCAGGGGUGGGUGCAGGGUCAGGGUGGAGCGUGCGUGUGUGUGUGUGUGUGUGUGUGUGUGUGUGUAGGGGUAGGGGGAGAUCCGGUUGUGUUUCGGGGAGGGAGCCAGCUUUGGAACAAUAAUCUUUCGGAAACUCGACUCGGUGUUCAGAGGCGGGCCGCCGGUCACAUCCGCUGCACCCCACGCCUCUGCACUCCUAGGCUUGACCUUCUGACCACGUCUCUGGCGGUCCGCUCUAGAGGUUUACGGUCGCAUGAAUACCAACGUCACAGCACCCUCCAGGUGCCAAUUUUAACGGCCACGUAUUUUAAAAUUGUACUUUUCUGUGGAGGAAAGUGUGCCUUUUGAAACGACGUUUUGUGUGUAUUUUACAUUAGUUUCACUGCAUAGUGGCGACUCGGCAGAGGUGACAUGCCUACUUUUUUCCAUUUCAUCUCUUCUUAUGUCGCGUUACGGCUUGCUGCGUUGAUUAUAUAGUGGUAGUGGGUGUACAAAUUGAUCACGUUCCAAUUAUUUAUGAGAUUAAUGAUACAUGUAAAAUAUCUAAAGCAUGAAUCUAAGAGCAUGCAAUAUAUGAUUUUAAAGAAAAAUCCUAUUUGGUAGAGUACAAAUGUGGUGUGUGUUGUUUUAUUAUGAAUGAUGUACAGUGGAUAACGGUGUUUUGGUCUUGGUUCCAUUUUGUGCAAUCUUUAAGAAAAAUAAAGAUACAAACGAGAGUUUGUUCACUUA